AUGGCAGCCGUCGCUCAGCAGUACAACGGCUUCAAGGACCCCUUCGCAGCCAACCACCAGCAGUCCUUUGGGUCGUACAAACUCGGAUCGAACAAGGGGAUAGAGGCCGGCGGCUUCGGCGAUUCGCUCGCGGUCCAAUACGAGUUGCACGACCAGCAGCCGUACUACCAAGCGCACUGCCACGACAAAGGCUACGAGUACAAGCAGGACAAUGUUCCGAUCGCACGCAACAACGCCGGACAGCUGUUCGUGCCUUCGUUUGACGCUCGCAACGACAAGUCGAACCGGAUCGACAGCGUCCUUGACGCAUACGUCGACAUGUAUGCGGAGGACGAGGAAGACGAGGAGGACGGGUCCGGCGAAGACCUUCGCGGAACGGCUGCAGGCAGGACUCGCCAGGAAGACCUUGAGCCGUACGAGUCGCAUGUCCAGUCCGACACGCCGUGGGACGAGCGAGGAAAGAGCGGGUUGUACGGUGGCGGAGGACGUGGCGCCGACGACCGCGAAACCGGCUGGGUCCGCGACUACGCAUUCAGCCCCGCUCCGCCCGUCAGCGGCUACGAGGAGGAUUUGCGAUUCGACAACGAUGACGGCGAGGAGUCGCAGCAGCACUCGUCCCACGACCAGCACAGGCAGUCCUCCGAGACCUCCGGCUCGUCGACUGGCCCGCUGACGCCGACCAACGGCGUCGACUUCGGUUCCGCGUGCGAGUCGGCGCUUCGCCAGACCCAAGCAACGGCCCGCUCCUCGCCUCCCCUACACGAGCAGCCCAUCCACACAGUCGACCCUGCGCGCAUCAAGAAGAAGACCAUCGGUGCCGCCAUUCCUACUCCCUCAGCUCCCAUGCCAGCUCUCGCUUCGUCCGGCGUCAAAGGCGCGCGGGAAGACCGUCCUCGCGUCCAGCGCAAAACGACGUUCAAGUUGAUCGGCCGCUCGAAGAAGCCGCCAACCAUCUCGGCGCCGAUCUUGCCAGAAGGCUUCGUCGAGUCGCUCGGCAUGGAAACGUUCCCCCUCUACCCCGGCGUCAAGGCGCCUCAACACGCCCUUCUCUCGCCUUCGCUCAAGGAGGACCGCCCCUCGACCCCCCCAGCUUCCUCACCUCGCCCUGCCGCCACCGGCGGGCUCGUCUCCGCUUCGCCUCGCAUCCGCUCUCCCCCUACCCGAAAGGCCGCACCGCGACCAAAGCACGUUCCGACACGUGCAGAAGGCUCGACGCCACCUCUCCGCGAUAGGCCCAUCUCGCCGCCGGUCGUCGCCCAAGUCCGCGAGCAGCACUUCAGCACUCGCGGCUACGAUGAUGACGACGAGCCGCAGCCACGCCAGCAGCAGCAGCAGCAGCAUCAGCAGUACACUCGGCCGACCACUUCGCCGCCUCGCUCGUCACCUUCGCGUGCGCAGCAGCACGAGGCGUCUCCGCCGUUUGAGCAGUAUUCAGGCUCUCACGCUCGCACCGCGUCGUCUGCCACCGUUGGCAGCGGGUUCCGCGACCCCUGGUCUGCGACUCGCACGUCCAGCGGGACGCCCUCGAUCCGCUCGCAAUCGACCGCUCAUAACCGGACCUCGCCGUCCCGCGCCGGCGAGCGAGGCUCGAUGGCUAGCACCGUACACGAGCUAGACUACCGCAAGGGCGGCAGCGUCAAGAGCAACCUCUCGUCGCACGCUCGGCCUGUCCCGACGUUCCAGCUCGAAGUCGCCGACGAUUUCGAGCCUUCGCCGCUGCAGCGCACAACAGACGACCGUCAAGGCUCGCUCUCGUCGGAGUACUCGGAACUCUCAGAGGCUCCGCCAACGAACAACUUCCACCCCUCGAACGCCUUCUCGGGCUACACCCCCUCGACGACCGUCGGCCAACUGCGCAAGAACUCGAUCGCCUAUGCGCCCGUCCAACCUCUCAAGCUCGGUGCGAGACCGGCGUUCGAUAACCGUCAGAGCACGGCGAGCAACUUUGGCGGCGAUGUCGUUUGGGGCGGGCCGACGGACGUCUCGAGGCCUCAGUCGGUGGCGUCGCCUUUCCAGGGGUAUGCGCCGACGAUCGGGACGACUGGCUUCCGCAACCCUUUCGGCUGA